CACAUCAGCUGUUAUUGGAACUAACCUCAAUCCAUGUUAACAUAAUAUUUUGUAAUUUUUGUUAGUUCCGAAAAAAUUUAUAAAUUCGUCUCCUUCCUAUAAAAUAAAGUAAAAUACUUUAAUUAAAUAAGAAUAAUGUUAAAAUUAGCUACCCGCUUACGAGAUAGAGUAUGUAAUUCAGUGGUGAAUCUAUCCAAAAGUAGGACAAAUGUAUGGUCUCUUCGGGAGAAGUCUACAAGCAGUAGUUCCUCACAGAAAAAUAUUAAAUCGACUUUGUAUUAUGUGACUGCCGGCGGAGUACUUGUUGUAGGAUUUAGCUAUGCUGCAGUUCCACUUUAUAGAAUGUUUUGCCAGGCUUAUAACUAUGGUGGAACCACAGCAAUAGGUCAUGAUGCGGAAAAAGUCGAGAAAAUGGAAAAAGUUCCCGAUCGAGUCAUAAAAAUUCGAUUUAAUGCUGAUAUCGGUGCUUCAAUGCGAUGGAACUUCAAACCACAACAAUAUGAAAUAAAAGUAGCGCCCGGUGAAACCGCUUUAGCUUUCUACACUGCUAGAAAUCCCACUGAUCUGCCAGUAAUUGGAAUAAGUACCUACAAUGUGAUUCCCUUCGAAGCGGGGGCUUAUUUUAAUAAAAUUCAAUGUUUUUGCUUUGAGGAACAACAAUUAAAUCCACAUGAAGAGGUGGAUAUGCCAGUUUUCUUCUACAUUGAUCCAGAAUUUGUACAUGAUCCUAAAAUGGAGAACAUUGAUACAAUAACGUUAUCUUAUACUUUCUUCGAAGCUAAAGAUGGUUUGAAGCUGUCGAUACCAACUUAUGCUAAAUCCCAUUGAUUACAAACAUUAGAAUUUUUAUUUUAAAUUGGAUAACAGCUCUAUUCGGUUAUCUGCUUCGAAUCUUUAAAAUUACGUGAAACUUUCAAUAAUUUUGCUGGAGUCUUUUUCUUUAAAUCUUGUAUUUUUGAAAUGUGAAUCUUAACCAAUAUUUCACCUAGAAAUUUUCAAGGAAAAAUACAGUUAAAAUGUAUUUUAUUUUAAUGAAUUUUUGAAUAUACAUUUUCACAUGCAUUUUUAAAAGAAUGAGCUGUAAAUCUAAAAAUUAACGAUAUAA